UCCUCCUUCCCUCUCUCCCUCUCCCUCUCCCUCUCUCUCUCUGUCUCUCCCUCUCUAUACUCUAGAUCUCUGACCUAAUUCUCUUUCCAUCUUCACCAAAUUCGCCUCCAAAAAAUUGGAUAAAACCCUCCAAAUCCCCCCACCCUUCCUCUCUUCCUCUUCCAUCUUCCUUAACUUAGAUCCACUCCAAUUCCCCUUCGCCAUUUAACCGAACAAAACACACACCCACCCACCAAGUUUUGCUAGCUAACUUCCAAGGUUGGACAAAGAGAAACCCUCACCAUACAUCCACAGAGAGAAAGAGACAGAGAGAGAAAAGAAACUCUAAUCCAGGGAGAGAGAGGUAUUGGAAGAGAAAGAUGACUCCAGCUAACUUAGCAGGCCAGUUCGGAGACACCACCUACACCAAAGUCUUUGUUGGUGGGUUGGCUUGGGAGACCCAGAAAGAGACCAUGAAGAAAUACUUUGAACAGUUUGGAGAGAUCUUGGAGGCUGUUGUCAUCACUGAUAAAACCACUGGAAGAUCCAAAGGCUAUGGAUUUGUCACUUUUCGUGAGCCAGAUGCUGCCAUGAGAGCUUGUGUUGAUGCUGCUCCAGUCAUAGACGGGAGGAGGGCCAACUGCAAUUUAGCCUCUUUGGGUGUCCAAAGAUCUAAGCCCUCUACUCCAAAACAUGGUGGAGGCAGGAACUUUAGGGUAAUGGGAUCUUUUCAGACAGGGUUUCAAGGAGGGGUGGGCACAGCUUUUCCUUCAGCAGCAACCUUCCCUCAUUAUGCCAUCCAACAAGGGAUACCCUAUAAUCUUUAUGGGUACUCUCCAUACUCCCCAGACUACACAUAUCCUACGAGCUACUACAGUGUUUAUGGAGGUGCAGCUGCCCAAUAUCCUGUGUAUGGGGCAGGGCCAGGAGGGAUGAUGACCGGCGCAGGCGCGGCUUUUUACCCGUAUCUUCAGUUCGGAGAAGGGAGCGGAGGAGCAGCGGCUAGUGGUGGCUACACGUCGGGACAGGGCUAUGGAGUCCAGUACCCGCACCACCUUGUUCAGUACUCGGCCAUCAACUCCACUGGAGGGUACCCUCAGCAUUAUGGUGCUCCCAUGUCUCUUGCCCCUACCCCUGCGUUGCAAUCAGUGUGUUUUGCUGUGCCACAGGCGUGAACAUGGCUCUUCAUGCACCGAUAUCAAAUCGCUAAAGAUUCAUUGAUCAUCCCAAGUCUUCCUAGUGCUUCACAGUUCCUCAGCAGCUUCUGAAGUUCAAGAAACCUUUGCCCUAACCAUGGUUCUCUCUUGUCUUCUCUUCUAUCUCUUCUCUUCUAACACAAAGCCCAUGUAUGCUUGGCAUACCGGCAUUUUCGCAUACACAAAGCCCCCCAUAGGGGCUAAAGUCAUCACCUCCAAAUGUGGAGAGUCAUGCAUCUUUCUUCCUUCUUUGCAUCUCCUUGAAAGAGAAGGGUUCCUUUCAAGAGAAUCAUGUGCAUGUACAUCUAUAUAUAAAAAUAUCAUCAUCAUCAACUCAAGCUAUUGAAUUAGCUGAAGUUGUGUCAACAUUUCUAGCCCUGGAAAGGCUAAGAAAAACAACCCCUUUUGGACAUUUUAGCCUUUGGAAAAGGCUAAAAGCUUUUAACAUGGCUUGCAAAAACUGUAAAUUCAACACAAAUACCAAGCCCUCAAUGAGCUUCAGUAUUAGUUUUGAAGAAAAUGGAUAGUCCCUCCAUCUUGUCUUUCUUUUUUUUUUUUUUGGUUUUAAGCUAAUCACCUCUAGAUGUAGAGGUAGUUUUAGCGAUCGAAAACAUGGGCAUGGAUCGCCCGAGUUUUUUUGUGUUUUGACAUCAAAUUAAGCUAGUCUUCGAUCUUAGGGUUUUAAAACUGUUUUUACUUUUGAAAUCUUUUUUUUACCAACUGAUGAUUUCACAUAAUCUGUGUCUAACCAACCAAAACAUCUUCCCUUAGGGUAAGGGAGGGAUAAUGUCACUAAUUUCUUUUGUUGUUAGUUUCUUGUACAUUCAUUGUGGCUGAACUUUGGGAGUUUCAGCCCCUUUUUCCAACUAAACUUAUAGGAGGGAUAGUGCAUUUUUCCUUUUCAUUUUUCACCAACUUCCUAUGAUCUCCAUUCAUGGAUAUGGAGCUCAAACCCUUGAGAGAUAUUUUGAGUCUCUUGGGUUCUUCUCUACUAACCCACCAACCAUGGUUAGGACUUAGGUCAUCCUCAUCACCAGCUCUCUCCCACUUUCUCCAUCUCUCUCUCUCUCUCCCUCUCUCCCUCUCUCCCUCUCUCCCUCUCCCUCUCUCAUUCAUCUCUGAUGUGAAAUUUUACUUUGAGAUGGACCUUGAUACUCCCUUUUAUGUAUAAGCUUAUGGUUUGCAUUGUAAUUAGGGAUAUUAUGCCUAAGACAAGCCCUCAUUCUCCAUCCAUGUUGGUUGAGAAUGGAUCAUACACUACCUACUACUACUACUCUCUGCUUAAGUAAUUUUAGAGGACACUGUUUUGCUUAAUAUCUGCUAAUGCUUAUUUUUUAAUUCCCCCAAAAAGCUUCAUAC